AUGGAACAACUUGAAGUAGUUCAAGAAAUAAUAAAUAAACAUUUUAGCAAUAGCCUUAAUGCUAAUCAAGUUCUCAAAGCUCUGAAGCUUAUAUUAGAAUUAGUAGAAGUUAUGAUAAAAAAAGAAAGCAAAGCAGAGAAAAUCAUACAAUUGUCAUUAUAUAAAAGUCCAAACCGAAGAAUAGAUACCUCUAAAGUUUACUUUGUAAAGUCUAAAUACAAAGAGGCAUGUUUUAACAGUAACAAUCUGGAAGUUUAUGAUAUAAAUAAAAAGAAAGAAAAGUUAGAUAAAGCUGAGACGAGAGUAAAGAAAAUCCAUACAUCUUAUUUAAAGUUAGCUGCUUAUAAAAUUACAUUUAACUAUAGUCUAUUGGGUCCCAUUCAAACCCAAAAGAAUCAGCCAAAAAGAAAAAUAUUCUGUAAACGAAAUAUAGAACCUGUCAAGAUAAGUAAUACUAGUAAUAUGUUUGCUAUUAGAUAUGAUGAUAGAAUUGAAGUUGAAAAUAGUGAAUAUAAGGCAUCUACUAGUUAUCAGAAGCCGCAAAAGGUGAGAGAAAAGUUACAAGUUGAUUUUGGAGACAAAACAUCAAAAGUUAGCUAA